CUCGCAGCAUAAACAAGGAAGUAGGAGAAGCUGAUGGCUCAAUUUGCUGUAUAGUAUACUAUCAAAGAUACUGUUUCUCAGACCUUCAUUGAUUGUUUUGGCUCGUUAAGGUUUCCAGAAAGAUAAUGUAUGAAAGAAGCUGCUCUGGAUGUAAGGAGUGCUCCCUCAUGGCCAGUGUUGUUCACAUCUGAAGGUUAUGAACCCUAGUGCCUUCUCAGCUUACUCAGAGAGCCAGUCUCCUGCAGAUGAAUAUAUGGACGACUGGCUCUUCCUCCCUUCUUCCUCGGCUGUUUCUCCCCCCCAUGAAGGAGCGUGCAGAGAAGACACAGAGGAAAGAGGCAAACUCAAAUCUAAGUUGGUCUCAGCAUGGAAUAGUGUCAAAUAUGGCUGGUCCUUCAAGCAGAAAUCCAAUUUGAACAAGAGCUCUCCUGUGAUGAUGUUUGGAAAGUCAUAUCAACUCAGCGAUCAAGGAGAGAAGGAGUGUUUCCACCGCUCCUUUGCAGCUCUCCUGUGGUUGACAUACAGACGAGGUUUCCCUCAACUGAAAGGCUGCUCCCUGACCACGGACAGUGGCUGGGGGUGUCUUCUCCGCACAGGGCAGAUGUUGUUAGCACGAGGCCUGCUUUUACACCUGAUGCCACAAGGCUUGACAUGUUCUGUGAGCCAUCAUAUGUUCAAAGAUGAUAUGGAUCUCCCAGAGAUACGCCCCGACGCCAGAGCCGUGUGUAUGCAGAACUCCAGAGGGCUCAGAAAGAGUGCACGAAAGCUGAGUUUGGGUUCCCUCCUGGACAGAUGCAUGGAAUCCACACACAGGAAGGUUGUCUCGUGGUUUGCAGAUCACCCCUUAGCUCCUUUUGGGAUACAUCAGCUGGUAGAGUUCGGCAAAGGUUUAGGGAAGAAAGCAGGGGACUGGUAUGGCCCUUCAAUUGUGGCACAUAUUCUGCGGAAAGCUGCAGAAGCAUCAGCUGACCUUCCCAAUCUUGCCAUCUAUGUUGCACAAGAUUGCACCAUCUAUAAAGAUGAUGUCAAAGAGUUGUGCGGACGGCGUCUUUCCGGGAUCUCUGCUGCAUCUCUUCAGCCUUGGAGGGCCGUCAUCCUCUUAGUGCCUGUGCGGCUUGGAGGACAGGAACUCAAUUCUGCCUAUAUCACGAGCGUCAAGAAAAUCCUGACCUUAGAAUACUGCAUUGGUAUCAUCGGGGGCAAACCAAAGCGCUCUCUCUACUUUGUUGGUUUCCAAGAUGACCAUCUGUUGUACUUGGACCCUCAUUACUGUCAACCCACGGUGGAUAUAACAAAGGGCAACUUUCCUCUAGAGUCAUUUCACUGUAAAUAUCCACGGAAAAUGCCUUUCUCUCGCAUGGAUCCCAGCUGCACCAUUGGAUUCUAUGCAAAAGGCCAAAAGGACUUUGAAAUGCUGUGCAAAGUUGUCGAUGAGGCUGUCUCCACAUCUGCGGAGAUGUACCCCAUGUUUGCAUUUGCCGAAGGUCAUCAUCGAGUGGAGGAGGAGGAACACAAGAGCCCAGCCACUAACAUCACUUAUAUCCAGAGGAAGACCGAGCUGAGGAGGGUCGACACGAAUGACAGCAUGGAUGAGUUUGUUCUAUUGUGAGCGAACAUCAGAAAGGGGUUGGGGGGGGGGAGAAUAUGCUGAAGUAAAACCCCAAGCUGAGAGCAUCACGGUGGGUUUGUGGUUAACACAUCUGCCUUCCAGUUCUCUGAGGUUUGGGUUCAAAUCUCCGUCCGCCCUGUGUGGAGUUCGUACUUUGACUUCCUCAUCUAUUCCAAAAAUAUCUUAGGUUAAUUGAAGACUCUGAAAUAUCGUAGAGAACAUCGCAUUAAGAAAAAUUUUGACUGGACUUCCCCUUUAAACUGAGUGGUCAUUAGACCUAUUGACACUACACAUUAUUUUA